AUGGCGGACGGAGGAGCAGCGAGUCAAGAUGAGAGUUCGGCGGCGGCGGCGGCAGCAGCAGACUCAAGAAUGAACAAUCCGUCAGAACCCAGUAAACCGUCUAUGGAGAGUGGAGAUGGCAAUGCAGGCACCCAGACCAACGGCCUGGACUUCCAGAAGCAGCCUGUGCCUGUGGGAGGGGCCAUCUCAACGGCACAGGCACAGGCUUUCCUGGGGCACCUCCACCAGGUCCAGCUCGCUGGGACGAGUUUACAGGCAGCUGCCCAGUCUUUAAAUGUACAGUCCAAGUCGAAUGAAGAGUCAGGGGACUCCCAGCAGCCAACCCAGCCAACCCCACAGCCCCCCGUGCAAGCCGCCAUCACUCAGCCCCAGCUCAUGCUGGCUGGGGGGCAAAUCACUGGGCUGACCCUAACACCUGCCCAGCAGCAGCUCCUGCUCCAGCAGGCACAGGCACAGGCCCAGCUGCUGGCAGCCGCUGUGCAACAGCAUUCGGCCAGCCAGCAGCAUGGCGCAGCUGGGGCCACCAUCUCCGCCUCUGCUGCCACACCCAUGACGCAGAUCCCCCUGUCCCAGCCCAUCCAGAUUGCACAGGACCUGCAACAGCUACAGCAGCUGCAGCAGCAGAACCUCAACCUGCAGCAGUUCGUGCUGGUGCAUCCAACCACCAACCUGCAGCCAGCCCAGUUCAUUAUCUCCCAAACACCCCAGGGACAGCAGGGUCUCCUACAAGCGCAGAAUCUUUUAACUCAACUACCUCAGCAAAGCCAAGCCAACCUCCUGCAGUCACAGCCGAGCAUCACCCUUACUUCCCAGCCAGCAACCCCUACACGCACGAUAGCAGCGACCCCAAUCCAGACACUUCCACAGAAUCAGUCGACACCAAAGCGUAUUGAUACCCCCAGCUUGGAGGAGCCCAGUGACCUAGAGGAGCUUGAGCAGUUCGCCAAGACCUUCAAACAAAGACGAAUCAAACUUGGAUUCACUCAGGGCGAUGUUGGGCUUGCGAUGGGUAAACUAUACGGAAACGACUUCAGCCAAACCACCAUCUCCCGUUUUGAAGCCCUGAACCUCAGCUUUAAGAACAUGUGCAAGUUAAAGCCCCUUCUGGAGAAGUGGUUGAAUGAUGCAGAAAACCUCUCAUCUGAUUCAACCGUCUCUAGUCCGAGUGCCCUGAAUUCUCCAGGGCAGGGUAUCGAGGGCUUGAACCGCAGGAGAAAGAAACGCACCAGCAUAGAGACCAACAUCCGUGUGGCCUUAGAGAAAAGUUUUGAAGAGAACCAAAAACCAACCUCGGAGGAGAUCACCAUGAUUGCCGAGCAGCUCAAUAUGGAGAAGGAGGUGAUUCGUGUUUGGUUCUGCAAUCGCCGCCAGAAGGAAAAAAGAAUCAACCCUCCAAGCAGUGGGGGGGCUAGCAGCUCCCCCAUCAAAGCUGUGUUCCCCGGCCCCACCUCACUGGUGGCAACCACGCCCAGCCUUGUAACGAGCAGCACAGCCACUACACUCACGGUCAACCCAGUGCUUUCUCUGCCCAGUCCCGCAGCCGUCACCAACCUCUCUGUCACAGGUACAGCAGACACCGUCUCCAGCCCCGCCACCGUCAUCUCCACAGCCCCCCCCACGGCCGCUGCCACAUCACCCUCCCUGAGCCCGUCCCCCUCAGCCUCCGCCUCCGAGGCAUCCAGUGCCAGUGAGACCAGCACGACACAGACCACGUCGGCACCCCUGCCAUCCCCACUGGGCACCAGCCAGGUGAUGGUGACGGCAUCAGGACUGCCGGGUGCCACACCCCUACCCACCAACGCCAGCCUUGCUGCCAUGGCUGCCGCUGCUGGCCUGAGCCCAGGCCUCAUGGCUCCAUCACAGUUCGCCGCAGGAGGUGCCCUCCUCAGCCUCAACCCGGGCACACUGGGCGGCGCCCUCAGCCCUGCGCUGAUGAGCAACAGCACGCUGGCCACUAUCCAAGCUCUUGCCUCCAGUGGCUCACUCCCAAUCACAUCACUGGAUGCCACGGGGAACCUGGUGUUUGCCAACGCAGGUGGAGCCCCGAACAUCGUCACAGCGCCUCUCUUCCUGAACCCACAGAACCUCUCUCUGCUCACCAGCAACCCUGUCAGCUUAGUCUCUGCUGCUUCUGCCUCCACGGGGAGCUCAGGGCCUGUAGCCAGUCUGCACGCCCCGUCCACGUCAGCUGAACCCGUGCAGAACUCGCUCUUCACCGUGGCCUCCGCUGGCGGGGCCGCAGCCACCACCACAGCCGCCUCCAAGGCUCAGUGAGCGGCUGGGCACCCAACACCACCAUGGGAAGCCAAGAAGACACGGCCGGAGAUGGAUGACUUUGCCUAAUUUUGUAAUAAAAACACAGUCUUAUCAGGAUUGCUUCAUGCAUCGGAGAACUUUCUAACCAAAAAAUUUUCACAGAAAAAAAGGCAGAAACAAAACAAAACAAUUUUUCAAAACCAACCAAGCAAGAGAAAGGACCACUUCCAAGAGUCAGCAGCCGUGGCCGAAGGUGGGUCACUGCUCCGGCCAUCAGGGGUCGUCUGUGUGUCUGUCUGGGUUUCUUGUUUCUGGAACGGAACAAUUUUGGACGGGUCUGUUGUACAGGCCAUUGAGUCCUAACAAGGCGUUUCUGAUGCACCGGUCAUGUUGGGGCUCCUUUCUUCCCUGCUUCUGUCUUACUGUAUGUCCAACCCUCCACUCGAGAGAGUUUGGACACAUUUGUCUCUUACUCCUGGA